ACUUCAAGGAAUUAAUGAGGGAGGAAUACUGUCCUCGUGAUGAGAUACAGAAGCUAGAGAACGAGUAUUACGAUCUGAAACUGGUGGGAUCUGAAGUUGAAGCGUACGUGAAGCGGUCGUAUGAGUUGGCUGACUUGUGUCCGAAUUUGUCUCGACCUAUGUCUCGAAGGAUUGAGCUAUUCAUCAAGGGGUUACCUCCACGAGUGAAGGGUUUGGUUACUGCUGCAAACCUCAAUAACUUAACCCAGAUUGUCCGGCUGACUCACAAGAUUAUAGAUCAGGAGGUGGAAAGCAACUCACUACCACCGCGUGUUUCUAAAGCUACUGCUGCCACCACCACAGCCACUACUCCUGUCACUGAUAGUAAGCGCAAGUGGGGUGAUGUGGACAAGGCGUCCCACUCGAUUCAGCCCCAAAAGAAGACAGACACUGGCAGUACUCGCAGCUUUAGCCAAUCAUCCUCAGUGAAUCAAAAUCAGAGAUCUUAUGUGGGAAAGAAGCCUCAGUGUAGCAAAUGUGGGUUUCAUCAUUAUGGGCAGUGUGAUCGAGUUUGUCGCAGGUGCGACAAGGUAGGCCAUGAGGCCAAGGAUUGUAGGGCUCCUCAGCCAAAACAGCAGCAGCAGCAGACUCAGCCGAAUCAGAGACAGCAAGGGCAGCAAUCUCAGCAGGGUCAGGGGUUCAGAAAAGGAUGUUAUCAGUGUGGGGCUGAGGGACAUAUGAAGCGGGAUUGCCCACAAUUGAAACAGAAUACAGGUGGUAACAACACGGGGAACAAUGAUGGGAGCAAUGGGGGCAACGUGGCGCGUGGGCGUGGAUUUACUAUUGGAGCUGGUGAAGCUCGGAACGACGGCAAUGUAGUUACUGGUAAUUAUUGAAGGGACUUGGAAGCUUGCCGUCUGAUGCUGCUGGAGUGGUUAUGGUCA